UAAAAUGAGUUCUCAUUCAGAAAUUAUGUCAAAAUUACGGAAGAGUCCAGAGGUGAGGAAUCUCAGUCGAGAAAUCCGAAAACUACAUACAACCGAGUUGAAAGCCAGAUUACGAUCGCUGGGCGCUAACACGAAUGGCCCUAAGGAUUUACGCCAGGACAGAUUGCUACGUGCAGUACUAUGGUGCACCGGCUACCAAAAGUCAGUGCCAUGGUACGAUUGGGACAACGCCAAAGAGGAACCAACUCAAUCGUCGGAAAAUUUCACGAGUAGGCGCAAUUCCAAGAGAAAACAUGAACAAACGUAUGGAGAAGAAACCGAGAAAAUUCGAGUAACGAAGAUGAAAUCGCGUAGUGAUUAUGUUGAUAGAGGUCAAGACCACGAAAACCAAGACAGUUCCAGCAAAGCCAAGCCUCAGCAUCAGAAAGAGAAGGUGUCGAAGAAGAAGAUUCGAAGACUACGUGGUCGAGUUAGAAGUCGAAACCGAGAUCGAAGCCAGAGUUCUAACAGUAGUUCAAGUCGAAGCAGCCGUAGUCUGAGCAGUAGCAGCAGCUCGAGCAGCAGCAGUUCGACGAGCAGCAGUAGUUCAAGUCGAAGCAGCAGCAGUUCAAGUCGAAGCAGCCGCAGUCCGAGUAGUAGCAGCAGCUCGAGCAGCAGCAGUUCGACGAGCAGCAAUAGUUCAGGUCGAAGUAGCAGUAGUUCGAGUCGAAGCAGUUGGAGUUCAAUUAGUAGUCGUUCUAACAGCCGUGCAAGCCGAAAUUCAAGUAGUAACAGCCGGAGCAGCAGCAUUAGCAGUUUCGACAGCCGCUAUCUAGAGCCAGAGUCGGAUAGUGCUAAGAAGAUUGCUGAGCCAGUAAUUUACAGCUCGCCAUUUGAGGAUUGCCAAGUCUGUGGUUUCAAGGACGUAGUCUUUCAGAGCUGCCCAAACUGUGCAGAACUGAGAGUACUGUUGGGAAAUGGCAACGCGGGAGCAACUCAGAGGUCGAUGCUACCCGCACUGUCUCACAACAGACCUCUGUUGAAGUGCAGAAAACUGGGCAUGCGAGGUCUGCGUUGCAGAGAGGUAUGCCAGUUUUGGGAGGGGGAGGGAGUGGUCCAAGCCCACUAGUGUCGCCAGAGAAGAAGCUGAGAAGGAAACAUCAAGAGAUAGGGAAAGGAGAUGUAGAAGAAGAGGAGAAAUUUUUGGUGGACGAAGAGAAAUUUAGUGUAAAGAAGAGAAUUUUCGUAGAAAGGAGAAAUUGUGUAGAAGAGAAGAAGAAGUGUCGUGUAGAAGAGAAGAAGAAAGGGUUUGUAGAAGAAGAUAAGGAGGUUUUAGUUGAGAAGAAAGAAGAGAAGUGUCUGCCGGACGCUAACGUAUCCCGUUGGCCGAACCGCAGAAUUGCGGUUGAGAAGAAAGAAGAGAAGUUGCUGCCGGACGCUAACGCAACCCGUUGGCCGAACAGCAGAGGUGUAGCUGAGAAGGAAGACGAUAAGUUGUUGCUGAACGCUAACGUAACCCGUUGGCUGAAUAGCAAAGUUUUAGUUGAGAAGGAAGAUGAGAAGUUGUUGCUGAACGCUAACGCAACCCGUUGGCCGAACAGCAGAGUUGUAGAAGAGAAAGAGUUGCUUGAAGAAGAGAAAGAGAAAGUUUUUGUAGAAGAGAAAGAGAAGUUGUUUGAAGAAGACGAAGAGAAGAGUAGUAGAGGUAGUGCAGAGAAGUCGAAUCUUGAACUGAUUCCAACUUCGAGUUUAUCAUCGCCCAUGGUUACAGAUCACUGUGAAGAUACGAAAGCACAGCCAGUCAUGUUGAGUCCAGCAGCUAACAGCCGUGGCAGGAUUAGGGAAACCCUAGCUCAAUACGAGAGGAAGAACGAGUCGGUCGAGGAAUCGACAUUCUUACCACUUACAAAAUUGCAGACUAGAACCCAACCUCAACCGGCGUUACAGCCUGAUCAAGUUAACAGACAAGAUGCCAGUAGUACUUCAGGGUUUCAACCAGAUGAUAAAAUCAAGAAGUGUUCGGAGUCAGCAUUCCUGAAUGAAGAGAAAAUGCGUUGUAGAAGAAGAAUGUUGGAGAGUGAUGAAGAGAAGAAGACGUAUGCGAAUGCUGACGCAACCCGUCGGCUCAGCAACAUCGUAGUCAUGAAGCCAAGGACAACUGCUAGUGCUGUUACAGCCUGGCCGUCCAGUAGUGACGACGAGGAGGAGAAGAAGAAUAGUAGAUGUAGAGCAGUGAAGUUAUGCAGUAGUGUGAUUCCAUCCUCAAGUAACGAUUGUCUAUCAUCACAUAAGGCUACCGAUCGCCGUGAAGAUACGAACGUACAACCAGUCCAGUUAAAAUCAGCAGCUAACAGCAGUGGUCGAAUAAUGGACUCAAUAGCUCAAGACGAGGUGAAGAACGAGUCGGGAGAGAACCCGAGGGAUUCAUCGCUCUCAAUAUUGCAGCCCAGAGCCAAUUUUCAGCCGUUGUUACAGCCUGACCGAAUCAACAGACAAGAUGCCAGUAGUACUUCGGGAUUUCAGCCAGAUGGUGCAAUCAAGAAGAGUUUGGAAGCCUCAUUCGCAGAUGAAGGAGAAGUGUUGGAGCAGAAAGAUGUUGAAGAGAAGAUCAAGAAAGAAAACAUGGACGAGCAGACGAAGGAGGAGGUCGUGGGUUCGAUGGUUGGAGUGGAGAGAGAAGAUACUUGUGAACCUCUCAAGGACGAACUUACUGCCUGGGCCCUAACCGUAAAUGAGCCAGAAACGCCAGAAGUGCAGCACUCGUGUCUUGAGCCAGCUCAUGAAGAAGAGAGAGAUUCGAAAGCCAAAAAGGAGAGAAGAGUUUUCGUUUGGACAGAAGUCAGUUGCCGAACGGUUUUCGAUCGAGGAAAAAGUCUCAUGGAAGUAUACGUAGCAACCACGAUCACUAUGGCCACCAAUAAAGGCGUUUGGCCAGAGGACGUAAGGAGAGGUACAUAUCGAGCCCUCUUCGAUCGCGGCCGGAAUCACAGCCAAACUUACAGCCAGUUACAGCCAGUAAAAUAGAAAAGAGCCGAGAAACAGCCGAGUAGCCGUAAGCCCGCACGGGAGAGAGAGAGAGAGAUACCAGCCGCGCGACUACACACACACGCUGGAGCUCACGCACGCUCACACCUAAGCCGCUCGAGUCAGAAGAUAAGCCCGCCGCCGGGAGGGGGAAAACCUCGCGCCAGGCCGCGGCAGCAGAUACUAUACUGCUACUUGUAUGUGUGAGGCGUUGAGUGUGUGUAAAAAGAAUAUUCACCUAUGUAACCUAAAGAAUUAUUUAUUUGUAAUGUAUGACAUGAGAGGUGGUAUGAUACAGUGUGAAAACCCAACGAUCGCACGAGAAAACAUAUGUAAAUCGCCAAAUGUAACGGCACUAGACCGAUAACUAUGUAUUGCGUUUGUGUGAGUACUCUAGGGAGGUGUACCGUCGCGCCUCGACCAGAGGAUUCGCCCACUUGGUUUUUCGUCGCAGCCCAGAGAACAUCCCUACGGUUGACCAGACAUUUGUUUAUUGAGAGUAGAGUAAUAUAAGAGUGCGUUAUCCUGUGAUUGUUAUAAGAACGAGGGAGAGGUACGAGAGAGAACUUCAGCCGGAAGGUAGUGUUUAACGGUAAUAUUUAUGAUAUAUAUUGAGUGUGAGAGGAAUAAGCCGGACGUUGCGAAAGUCGGAACGUUACUGCCUCGUGGCAACAUUUUUGACGAGCUGAGAUUUGUAGUACCGGAUAACUGUGCGAGCGUUGUGUGCGAAAACGGAAAUUGUAGCUAGUAGAAAAUAUCACCUUAGAGCCUCGCGUUUAUUAUAUUACCGCCGGUUUUUUUUUGUAAGUAAAGAUUUGUGAAGUGAUAAUCAGUC